AUGAAGCUGUUUGGAGGUUUAAUAAUCUGGGUCUGCCUGGCCGCACCAGGACCUAAUUGGCUUUCCACGUGCGCCACCGGCUUUCAGGUUCAAGUGCGGAUUCCAAUAUGGGAUGUUGCAGGACUUAUAAAAAGAGUCACCACCUCCACCACGGGCCAUGUCAGUUAUCAAAAAAAGAAAGAACGACCUGUUCCUGAAGAUUUUUGGCCACCGUUACAUGGAUACUAUGAUCCCUUGGCUUACCCACCGCCACCUUUUUACCCAUACCCACCUUAUGUGCCACCAAACAAACCACCAAUACAUCCACCGACACAUCGACCAACUAAUCCUCCAACGAGGCCACCAACAAAGGCACCAACAAACCCACCAACAAAACCACCAACAAACCCACCAACAAACCCACCAACGACUACAAAACCGCCGGAAGAAACAACAACUGAAGCAACAACUGAAGAAACAACAGAAUCGCCAACCGAUACAACUACCAUUGCAACCACGGUGCCAACAAUUGAAACCACAACGGCUGAAGCAACAGAUUCUACAACAGACACAACAACGGAGCCAACAACAGAGCCUUCUAUAUGCUCAACGUUCCCUCAACUUCCAAUAUGCCAAGUUAGCAAAUCAGUGCACCUAGUAAACAAGUCCAGUAACGUGUUAUAUCCGGAAAAGAAGCUAUCGAUUGAAACUGUGCCCCACUCAGUCACCUCUCUUUGCUUCUAUUAUCCGCGCCUGUGCACGAAGCCCGAAGAAGCUCAAUUCGUAAGAUUGUCGGAUGAAAAUGGAAGGCCUUUGCUCCUAAUAAGUGCAGUAGAAGAAAAUCCUUCAAAAAAUAAACGUAGAAACCAUUAA